AUGUUUGCCUCCAUUUUUGCUCCUGAAACUUUGGCAGGGUAUUGGAUGGUUCAAAACUCGGAUGCAGAGUUUCCUGGAGAUGAGACAGACGAUGAAGAUGAUCUUCCGUACCUGGACCUGUCAGAGGUUCAUAAACCCAAACUCGAAACCAACAACUCAACCACAUGGAAUUCCCCGGAGCGCUCUCAUCAGUUUUCGCAGGGCCCCCAAAGUCAUCUUUUCUUGAAAGAUAUCAAAUUCCGGAAAAAACCUUCUAGCUCCACCACACCAAAUGCUGUAGCUCAAUAUCCUGACUCGGGAAGUUCUUACGAAUCCCUCUCCACGUCGUCUGCGUCUCACCCGUCAGUUUUGGUGCCAACCUCUUUCUCCGAACCAAUCUCGACCCAGUCAUGGUCCUCCUUCUCGUUAUCGGCUCAGUCCUUGCGAAAAAGCUGUUCUCAACCAGAACCUCGUAAUUUUGUCGAGUGUCAUUCACUCCCAGUAAAGGCUCAGCAAUCCUCAAUUCAAGCUGAUGCAAGAUUGCUGAAUCCCCCUGGUUUAUCGGAGAAGGCGCUCGGGAAACGAAAGGCUUUCGACGAUGGAGACCUCACGUUAAACGAGGUCGUCCUGCGAAACCUCGUCCUUCCACUGUGCUCGCCAAUUCCAGUACGAGUCGGUAUCAUGGACAUGUUUCACAUACUCAUCACGACGCGUACCAUGCUCAAAUUCUAUAGUGUUGGGCAACAUGAAUUGUUUUCGCGUACGUCGGCUGUUUCAGUCUCAGGUCUUAGUACGAGAUUCGGAGGUCCUCAGGUUUCUAAUAACCUUGUCAAGAUCCCAAGUUCACAAGGGAAUCAAAACGGACAUAUUCACCAGUUUUACUCUCCUCACGCUUACGUCCAGACCUCUACGCAAACUAAUGCGCACAUACCUGGAUUGACUUCCCCUCCACCUAUUGCGGUCGUCGGUAAUCCUUUUCUUGGAGAUGGCGCAGAAUCGGGAGUAGAAGCAGAGGCCACCAUCGGUCAGAGAGGUCAUGACCAACCAGACACGCAUUGUGAUGACCUGAAAUGGGCUGCUGAGAAAUUUUUGGUGUUAUCGCAGAACGAUCCUCAGCAGGCGAAAGACGUCAUUGAAAUGUUGCAGCUGCAGCGUCCUGGUCAGGCCAUUGCUACGGGGAUUGGUCACGAAAUAACCAACCGCAAUUCCAGCGUCCAUGGCGAUCAUAGAGGAGUUGACGUUGGGGAGUGGUUAAUUCCUAGCCUUGGUACGGGAAGGAUCCCAGAGGCCGGUGAUCAAGUGAAUUCUGGAAUUGAGCCUGGCCUUUAUUCUGGGCUUAGCCGUAGUUCCAGAGCAGGGAUUGAAAUUUCUACUCCCGACCACCCUGCGAUUCAAUUUGGUCAACAAAAGCAUACGUCCAUGCCCCCAGACGCAGGUAGCAACGCCACCAUCCAUCAAUCCCUCUAUCUUGUUCUCCGUGGAGGACAAGCAUUGAUCCACUUCCUCAUCGAGUCCUCUGCGACUUCACCCGUACCACAACCCCCUCCGCCUGUUCUCCAGAGUAACGCGUCAAGUCUCGUCGUAUCCGCUCUUUCCGCCACUCCGGCUACCCUGGCAUCUCCAUCUACAGUCUCAUCGUCCCUACAAGAAUUGAAGGCAACGCUGAAUAAUGGAGUCGAUGUUAUCGUUAUCUCUAUCGAGAGUGGGUCUGGAUUGCAGAAGGGCGGCGAACGCAGUCCGACGUCGAGAUUAACAAUACCUUCCCCCAAAUUACGCCUGUCUGAUUCGGCCACACUCGAGGUGCCGAGACCGGCUAAUCCUACUCAAAAAGCAAAAGGGAGAGAGAAGGAGAAGGAGAAGACAAGGCAAGUUCCUGCAAACAGACGUAAUUGGCCACUGGGUUCAUCUGACUGUAACCUCAAAUACUAUAUAAAAUGCGUCACUGUUCGAUCGCUUUUGACAUCAAUCAAAAAGACUUUUCGUGUUUUUGAUGUACAAACAAUUGCCGCUGCGAUGCGUGCUGUCGCAAGCAAGCGCGGUGAGAUCUACGUUCCUCUUAAAAAGAAAGUUGAACUUGCUUCAGACAAUGAACCUCCUGAACUAAUGACCGCCACUCAAAGAAGGCAGAGAAGGAAGAACGCGAACCGGAAGGAGAUGGAUCUGGAAUUGGAGACAAAGGAGAUUGAAGACAGAGCUCCUUCUGAGUCAGCUGGUCCCUCGGGAGAGAAUACGAUCGCGUGGAGAAGGGAAAGCAAAGACAGAACCAGAGACCACCACAUUUACGGAAAUGAACACGGACUAUGGGAAGGAGAUCGGGGAGGAGGUUGCGUCAACAAGAAGCAAUUGGCCAGAAGGUCCGCUGGAAUAUUAUUGCCAUCAAUGUCGAAACAACUCGUUUAG